CGCUUAGUGGAGCCUGCGUCGGGUGGGUGGGGUGGUGAACACCAGCACCGAUCGCUGCUGGGAUUCGCGGGUCACUGCGGGGGGCUAGAGCUGCAGAGGCGUGUGCCUGCCUCUGUUUACCCCUCAGCGCUGCGGGCCAGCUCGGCGGCGGCUCGGGAGCAGCAGCCCAGAAAGGCCGUUCUGCCCCACGAGGGAAACAGAGCCGUUGACCAUGGUUGCAACUGGCAGUUUGAGCAGUAAGAAUCCAGCCAGCAUUUCAGAGUUGCUGGACCGUGGCUAUCAUCCAGAGAGCCUGCUAAAUGAUUUUGACUACUGGGAUUAUGUUGUUCCUGAACCCAACCUCAACGAGGUGAUAUUUGAGGAGACAACCUGCCAGAAUUUGGUUAAAAUGCUAGAGAACUGUCUGUCCAAAUCAAAGCAAACCAAACUCGGUUGCUCAAAGGUCCUUGUCCCAGAGAAACUGACCCAGAGAAUUGCUCAAGAUGUCCUGCGGCUUUCUUCCACAGAACCCUGUGGCCUUCGAGGCUGUGUGAUGCACGUGAACUUGGAAAUUGAAAAUGUAUGUAAAAAGCUGGAUAGGAUUGUGUGUGAUGCUAGUGUGGUGCCUACUUUUGAGCUGACCCUUGUGUUUAAACAGGAGAACUGCUCAUGGACUAGCUUCAGGGACUUCUUUAGUAGAGGUCGCUUCUCAUCUGGCCUUAGGCGAACUCUAAUCCUCAGUUCAGGAUUUCGACUUGUUAAGAAAAAACUUUACUCUCUGAUUGGAACCACAGUCAUUGAAGAGUGCUAAGAAGGAAACAUUUUUAAAGAUUCUUUUGUGAUUAAUAAAACUAUGCAGCUACUCAGUUAAAGUCAUUUGUAGUUGGCCCUGCCUGUCCUCACCAGAACCCCCAAAUGUAGAACAUCUUUCUGUGUUUCUCGUUCAUAGCAACCCAGCUAACAGGCUGGUUUUGUGGCUCUUGAGAAAUAACCUAAGAGAGUGUACAUUUUCUGCUUAUAUCACAUUUCUUACAGAAUGGAGUGGAAUAAAGAAGCAAGAGAAGCAAUCCGCUUCAGUUUUAUGUUUGAUACCACAACUUUGUGUAGGUAGCCUUGCUAAUAGGUCAUAUAAACCAAAUUUUCCUGGUUUGACUUUCCUAUGGCUUUUUCUUUUUCUCUCUAAGUUCUCAAAGUGAUCUUUUCAAUCGAAGAAUCAUCUAAAUAAUGUUCAGUCCAUCAAAACAUGUAGCAUCCAGCCCACUCCACCAAUUUUCUGCCAAUUUCCUACUCAAAUUUGAAGACAAGAGGGUAGAAUUAAAUGGGUGAACUUAAUUCAAACCUCACCCUAGGUAUGAGUGAAUAAGAAAUGUCUCAGAGACAACAGAAAUGUUUCACUGUUUCUUGGUGUCUUGGUGUUCUCCCCACUCCUCUGUUAUCGAUGAAAAACUUGGGCUGCACUUUCAGUAACCACAGUAUUACUCUAAAUGGUUUUAUGGUAUGACACAAGCUCAGUUUUCCUAGUUCCCAAGUAUUGAAUGUCAUCUUUAAAGUAGAAAAAAUGGAAUGUUAAACGUUUUGUGUUUGUGGUUGAUUCCAUGGAGCACCUAAAGAAUACCUACUUAUAACAAUGGGAAAGAAAUGCUUAGAUUCAGAUCCACUCAGAUUCAUUUGUUAACAACUUCUUCUCAAUGCUAUAUAUGCUUAAUCUCAGAUGAACCAUCUCACCUGUCGGUGUUAUCUCAUCUCUGGCCAUUUCUGGGAAUUGAGCUCUCUCUCCUUAACCUCAGUGGUCAAAGGAGAUGGCUGCACACUAACACUUUUAAUUAUCAAGAUGUUUAUAUUUAUAGAGUCUGCUUUAGCUGAAGAGAUCUGGUUUAUUCUGCAGACUAGAGAAUGAAAAUCACAUGCCCAGCUCCCUUUCACCAUUGGUACCUGUCUCUAGGGAAUAAUAAAGGCCUUUAUUUUAAUUUAAUUUUUUUUUUUGUCUUUUUCCAACUGACUAGAUCAUUUAUGUUUCUUUUUUAUGUUAAUGAAAGCCUCUACAUGACAAUGUUCAAUUCAACAAGGCCUUCACAUUCUUACUGUGGCUUUUGGAUAAGGAGCUUAUUCAGGUCUUCUUCCCAGGCUAUUAGCACCACUUCACAUUCCCUGAAGCCAGGCGUUAGGGACAGAUGUCUUCAUACUGGUGUUACAAAAACAAGUGUGAUCCUGUUACUGAUCUUUAGAGGUGACCUAAAAUGUCACUGUUCAAAAGAGCAGGUGUUCUAGCUAAUUGAACUCUACAAAUGCUUGCAAAGAUACUACAAAGCCAGUCUUCAUAGGACUGGGCCAAUAGGCUAUCAAUGUUUUGCAUGUCUGUUAUUGUUCAGGGCUCAAAAGGUCACUGUGUUUCUAUAGCUGUUUUAGAGUCCUUACCACUGUUUGGGUAAGGCUACUCGGGCAUGGAUGUAGAACUGUUAUCCUUUUUCCACUAACAGUUUUCGUUCAGUCUUUUGCUUGUUAUGCUUACAAAAUGGUGAUGGCUUAUGGAGGCUCUUAAAUUAAUGUUCCUGUUAAGGGAAAUUAAAGUUUGUCUAUUUUUGACAAUAAAGUGUUAUAUAUUUUUAA